GUCGCGCGCUCAUCGCGCACGUGACGACCCGUCCGCGCCGCGCGCUCGCCGCGCCCACGCCGUGCGCCGCAACAACGAAAAAAAUGAAGUGGCCCCGCCGCCACCGUCAACGGAGCCGGCGCAGGCUUUGCUGGCCGCUCUUCGGGUGACGGCGAGCCGGGGGAAAGGUGGGAGGAGGGCUGGAGGCGCUAGAUCUGGGGUUUCCCCUGAGCCGCCAGGGAGGGCGACGCGGGGGACGGGGGAGGGGGUCCGUUGCCGCAUAUCCACUAGUCUUGAUCUGAUCCUGCGCCGCAAUUACGCUCGACGACUGUACCAGUUGACCCGUUGACUGAACGUUGGUCCUCCACUCGUUGCUUUGCCCGGGUGUUUUGCCAUUGCUGCCAGGGAGACAGGGACACACCACACGACGUUGGUGGGAAACAAAUACAGAGGGAGCCAAUUAUCACACGCAGCACCCGUAAAGCAGCCCUUGCAGCUCCCCAAUCCGCUCCUGCGUUCGUCCACCUCCCACUCCAAGAUCCAGCCCAAGAUCCAGGCAGGCUCGGCCGCAGGCCACAGCCAGCCAUGUGCUGCAGCGAGUGCGGCUGCUACGACGCCUUCUGCGACACCUGCUGCCCCUGCGUCUCCCACGACGCGCGGGAGACCAUCCUCUGCUGCGCGGCCUGCCUCGCCGUGCUCGCCGUCGUCGCCCUCUUCGUCGCCCUCCUCGCCGCCUACGGCUUCAUCCGCCACGCCGAGGUGGCCGUCGUCGACGCCUCCCUCACGCGGCUAGCGCUCGCCACCUCCCCGGCCACCGCCUUCGCCUACAACCUCUCGCUCACGCUCACCGUCCGGAACAAGAACUGGGCCAUGAGCGUCCGGAACACCCGGCCGCUCGAGGCCGACUACAGCUUCGACGGCCAGCGCUUCGAGCGGGUCAGGCUCGCCGACGAGGGGUCCACGCACCCCGCCGGCAAGACCCAGGUCUACCACCUCGUCUCCGGCGCCGACGGCGCCUACGUCGCGCUCGGCAACGCCGGCGUCGCCGAGUUCAGGGAGGAGAACAAGACCGGGGUGUUUCAGGUGGAGGUGGCGCUGUCGGGCCAGGUCCGCUACCAGGCGCACCUCACCAAGUGCAACUUCCAGGCCAAAUGCCCGCUCAAGCUGCAGCUCGCGCCGCCCGGCACGACCGCCAUCGUCUUCCAGAAGGUCAAGUGCAAGCUCGCUUCGCCAGAUCAGAAGAACUGCUAGUGAUUGCUAAGAUUCGUGGCUUUCUUUCUCCUUCAUUUUUUCUCCUCAGUAGUGGUUUCUGUCAGUAGAUUUUAAUCGGAGGAACCAACUGCAGGUAGAUUGUCCCCAUUGCCAUUGGUGUGCACUUUUCUUCUGUUUUUUCUUCCUUCCAAGUAGAUUAGUGUUUCAGCAAAAAAAUCCAUGAAAAAUACCUUGAUUCUUGUGGCUUAA